AUGCCACGUGGCAGUGUAUUGGCGGUGGUAAAUUGAAAAAUUCAAAUUUAAUUUCCAGGCCAAACAACAACACUCCGCGAUGACGCAAGAACUUCAGGCGGCGUUGUCGAACGCCGUGAAAGAGACGCACAGUCUUUGGGAGGAGAAUAAGGAUUUGCAGGGGAGGUUUGUGAACGACUUGGCCGAACUUCAGCGGAUUCAGUUGGCUAUUGGACAAUUGGAGCAGGAACAUCGCACAGAUCAGCUACAUCAGGUAAAAACGUGGCCUAGAAAUCCGAAAAUAACUCUUUGGUGGCCUAGAAACCUUUGAGAUGGCCUGGAAACCCAAAAAUAUGAUUUUGGUGGCCUAGAAACCCUUUAGAUGGCCUAGAAAUCCGAAAAUAACAAUUUGGUGGCCUAGAAGAUUUUGGAUGGCCUAGAAACCCAAAAAUAACUUUUUGGUGGCCUAGAAACUUUCAGAAUGGCCUAGAAACCUUUGAGAUGGCCUAGAAACCUUUGAGAUGGCCUAGAAUCCCUUGAGAUGGCCUAGAAACCCAAAAAUAUGAAAUUGAUGGCCUAGAAACCCAAAAAAAUGAUUAUGGAGGCCUAGAAAACCAAAAAAACACUUUGGUGGCCUAGAAACCCAAAAAUAUGAUUAUAGAGGCCUAGAAACCUUUGAGAUGACCUAGAAACCCAAAAAUAACUCUUUGGUGGCCUAGAAACUUUCAGAAUGGCCUAGAAACCUUUGAGAUGGCCUAGAAACCUUUGAGAUGGCCUAGAAUCCCUUUAGAUGGCCUAGAAACCCAAAAAUAUGAAAUUGGUGGCCUAGAAACCCAAAAAACUCCCCGUUUCCAGGCUCGUCUCAGCCUAGCCGAGCACCAGAAGCGAGCAAGUGCGCUCUACGAACAACUCACAUCGCGCCGCGCCGAAAUUCUCAAAAAACUCAACGAUGGAACGAAUUACGUGGCAAUGUUGCAGGUAAGGCCUGGUUUUAGGCUUGACUUAGGCCUUUUAGGCUUGACUAAGGCCCGAUUUUUUUGUAUUUAGAAUCAAUUGAUCAGCGAACGGUUGUACGAUUGGAAAAAUCGACAAAAAUUGGCGCAAAUCGGAAUGCCUUUUGAUGAAAAAGAUACGAGUUUGGAUGAAAUACAGAUGGAGUGAGUUGGGACGGAAGUUAGGCUAAGUCCAAGGCUUAGGCUUAGUCAAAACGUUAGGCUAAUUAUAGGCCCUAGGCUUAGGCUUAGUCAAAAUAUUAGGCUCAACCGAUUAGACAGGCUUAACCAAGAAUAUAGGCUAACUACAUCUCCCAAAUCUUGCAGAUUCGAAUUCCUCGCCGAACAAAACUGGCAACUUCACAUGUUCUCAUGUUGGAUGCUCGAUUUACUGCGUCGCGGACCACAACUCAAUGACAACAAUGCGCAGACCACCGUCACCAAUUUAUCCACUCUCACCGAUCAACUCACCAAAUUGCUAUUCAUGUUGGUAUCGCAGAGUUUUGUGGUCAGCGUGCAGCCGGAGCCCGUUUUGAAGACACAACACAAAUUUGUCACCGAGGUUUGACGGUUUUCUGAUAGUUUUCAUAUUAAAUAUGUCGAGGAAAGUAUGCGAGACUUGCAGAAAAUAGGCGGAGCUUGAAAUUUGCAUCAUUUUGAUGCUGAAUAACUUCUAGAAAACCGUGCGAAACUUGCAAAACGGGGCGUGGCUUGCCAUUUUACAAAUUUUGAAUAUGGCCUAGAAAACCAACGUAUUUCUAGGCCAUAUUUAUACUCUUCCGAUUCCAAAUUUCACGGCGAAAAUCAUGAGCCCCACCAUUUUUUUGCAGGUUCGACUAUUGAUCGGCGACAAAUUGGGCAUUCGCCAACACUUGGUGAACACCAAUGUGACUGUGAAAAUCAUUGCGGAAGACGAGGCGAAACAACUAAGCUCCACACACAUGAAUCAUAAGGAUAUGUGAGUUUUAAGAAGCAAUUUUGGCGCCAAAAAUCGAUUUUUGAAUUUCUAAAUUUUCAGCAAGACUGUGGGGACGAUUAGCAAUGAUUUUGAGAAGAUGACGAUGGAUGAGAGGGGACACAUGGCUGCCAAGUUCAAUAAUUCGGUGAGUUUUUGCGAUUUUCGACGUGAAAAUCGCAAAUUUUCGCGGUUUUCGCAUCAAAAACCCUAUUUUUCUACAGAAACUCACCCGAAUCGCGCAUCGCAAACCGCCCCCGAAAGGUGCCGCCGACAUGAAGUGCGUUUUGAAUAUGCAGGCGGCGACGGAUCAAAAAUACGCGCUGCUCUUCCAUAUCAGCCCAUUUCAAUUGGGAAAUUUGGGCAAAUUCGACGUGUGGACACUGUCGUUGCCGCUGAUGGUCACUGUGCAUGGUUCGCAGGAUUGUGAUGCGCAAGUUGCGAUUUUGUGGCAUAGGGCUUUUGCGCCCGUGGUGAGUUUUUUCUCCCCAAAAAGCACCAACCUGCCCUUUUCUCCAAUUUCCGAAGUCGAAAAAUGACCAAAAUUUUUUUUUGAGUUGCAAGCAUUUUUGCAUAGGCCACGUCAAAAAUAUUUUUUUUCAAAAUUUUUUGUCAAGGGUCAGAGCCUAUAGAGCCUAGUUCUCAAGCACCCGCGUCUAGAGAACCUAUAUGUGUAGAACUCGCAUCUAGAAAUAGACUCUGACAAGGAACGGCCCUUGAGAGAUUCUAUGUCAAGUAGCCGCACCUAGAGAACCCCUUGGGCAAGCAUCCGUGCUUUGCGAGCUUCUAUGUCAAGUAGCAAAUCCUAGAGAGCCAAGUUCCCAAGCACCCGCACCUAGACAACCUAGGUGUCAAGGGCCAGUGCCUAGAAGCACACUCUGACAAGCAGCCGUGCCUUGCGAGCUUCUAUGUCAAGGAUAAAAGCCUAUAGAGCCUAGAUGUCAAGGAUGAGAGCUUAGAAAAUUCAAUGUUCAAGUAGCCGAGCCUAAAAAGCCUAGUUCUCAAGUAGCCGUGCCUAGAGAACCACUUCGACAAGCAGCUACGCCUUGAGAGCUUAUAUGUCAAGUAGCCGCUCCUAGAGAGCCUGGUUCUCUAGUACCCGCGCCUUGAAACACAUAAAUCAACCAAUCUCUUCCAGAGUCGCUCACCCAAUACCACCGACAUCACAGCCGUCUCCUGGCCCGAUCUCGCUCUUAUGCUCCGCAACAAAUUCAGCCUCUUCACCGGCGCCCGUCGCCCACUCAGCGACUCCGACUUAGCCUAUCUCAGCGAAAAACUCAUCAUGCCCAACAUCGCCGACCAAAAACCCAUCACCUUCCACCGAUUCGCCAAACAAAAUCUGCGCGACGACGUCAAUUUCAGCUUCUGGGAGUGGUUCUUUUCAAUAAUGCAACUCAUCAAACAAAAAUUGCUGAAAUUCUGGGAUGAAGGUUGGCUGAUUGGUUUUGUCAGCAAACACGAUGCGUCCAAUUCAAUGCUAGUCGGACCCCGCCCAAGUUUCUUGCUGAGAUUCAGCGAUACUCAAACAGGCGCCGUUUCUAUCGGGUUCGUGUGUGAAGAUGAAGUGUCGGCGCAACUUGUGCCCUUCCAUCUCGCCCCAUUUUCGAUCAAAGAUCUCGAUCAACUGAGUCUCGCCUCACGAAUCGCAUCAUGCCCGCAACUUCGCGACAUUCGAUAUCUCUACCCAAAUAUCGAUAAAGAGGAGAUGCUAAGAUAUUUCGAUUCGGAAGAGCGACAUCGGCCUGAUUCGCCAACUGGAUACAUCCAAAGUGAGAUUGUGAUGGUGGCAAAGACUAGUGGAAGACAUGGGAAUGGAAGUGGAUCGCAGGCUCCGUCGAUGUUCGGAGGAGGCGGCGGAGAAUCACCGUUGUCGAUUCAGAGUACGAAGAUUGAUUGGUCGCCGGGGGAAGUGCAUCAGAAUCAUAAUAUUGAUAUGUGAGUGACGGGAAAGGGAAAAAUACUUUUUUUUUUUUUUUUUGGUUAACAUGAGCAAUCAUAUUCAUUUUAACAUGAGCAAUCUUAUUCUUUUUACCAUGAGCAAUCCUGUUAUUUUUAAUAUGAGAAAUACUAUUUUUUUUUAAAUAGGAUUGCUCAUAUUUAAUUUUGAACUUUACAAAUUUAUUCACUCAACUUGAAUUGUUGACCCCAAAAACUUCCCGAAUUUCUGAUUAACAUGAGCAAUCCUAUUAUUUUUACCAUGAGAAACCUAGAUUCUAGAAUCCAUGAGGUUUGGGAGCUGGAAAUCCAGGUUUUGGGCUGAAAAAUUAGACGGCCUUAAAGAUCUGCAGAAAAAACAUUGCUCAUACUAUACUAAAUUUAUCAAAAUUUAAUAUGAGCAGUCUUAUUAAAGGAAUAGAAUUGCUCAUGUUAACUAGACAAUCUCAAUCUCCUAAAAAAUCUUUUUUUUUAUAUUUGAAAAAUGAAUAGGAUUGCACAUGUUAAUCAAACAAUCACAAGGGUAAAAAAAGAACCUUUUCCAAUGAAAAACCGCUGCUGCAGAAAAAAUUCAACCCUCGCUCAAAGCUGGAGGGUUGGGCCUAAAUGGCAAGGUUCCGCACGCUUUUUAUGAGUAGAUCAAAAAAUAUUGUAAGUCUGAAACUCACAAAAAGUUUAAAAAUUUCGAGGAUUUCAUACAAAUUUGGUUUUCAAAAAUCAUUUUGUUGUUAUCAAGUUACUAUAAAAUCAAAAUUUUUGAGUUUCAGACACAAUUUUAGAAUAUUUCUGAAAAGUUAUGAUUUCUAAACACGCAAAAUUUUUUGAUCUACAAGCUGUUGCCGGUAGGAAAACGCGUACUCUUUUUACCCUUGUGACGAUCUUCAUGGAAUUUUUCUGAAAAUGCCACGUGGCAAAUUCAGAUAAAUUUCAGAACCGCUUCCUAAAAUGCCACGUGUCAAAAGUUAGCCUAACUCUUUUUCUUGCAGGGUCGACGAUCUCUCCUCAAUGCUAACCGAUGGAAUGUCAGGCGAUGUCGAAUCGCUCCUCGGUCCCUCCUUCAAACCCUUCCAACCCGAUCCACAACAACAAUUCAGCGAAAUGUCCAUAAAUCAACAUAUGAUGCAACAACAACAUCAACAACAAUUCUAUCCACAUAAUAUGCACCAAUCUAAUAAUCUACAGUAAUCCCAGAGACCCUACAGUAAUCCUUUGACACAUUUUUAUAUCAUUCCAAUUUCACAUAUCAUGUACAUAAUAUUAUUCUAAAUUACCUCGUCGUUUAAAAAUAGCAUAAAUUAUUGAAUGACGAAACCGUGCCAGGCUUGCAAAAAAGGGGCGGAGCCUAAACCCCGCCCCUUUUUUCCGACUCUCAAAAAUUUCCAUAAAACAUUUCUCCCCUCAACUUUCUCCCUGCUCUUUUUUUUUCGAAAAAAAAAAUAAAAAUGACGCGAUAGUAAUGUUGCCCAGCUUUUUUCAGGUCAGUUUUUCGCCGGGUUACUGUAGGUUACUGUAGUUCGCUGGAGCGCACUUUGUAUUUUUUUUGUAAAUUUGAUGAGAGAGCUAGAGAGUACAAGGUUUUGAAGAGACGCAGAGAUUUUCCAUUUUUAUAAAAAUAUAUUUUUUCGAUGUGCGCGCGAGAAGUGAAAAAUCGCGAAAAUUGAGGGGAGGAAAUUGGAUUUGGGUGGCCCGCGCGCGACUUUUUUUAUGGUGAAAAGUUUUUUUUUGAAAUUUUGAGAGAGAGAUGAGAGACGCAGAGAAUCAGAGAGGGCGCAAAAAAUUUUGAACAAAUUCCACGUGGCAAAAUUUAAUUUUUCAACAAAAAAACCUUCAGAGUAGCCUAGAAAUCCAAAAAAUGAUUUUGGUGACCUAGAAACCCGAAAAUAACAUUUUGGCGGCCUAGAAACCCUUGAGAUGGCCUAGAAAUUCAAAAAUAACACUUUGGUGGCCUAGAAACUCUUAAGAUGGCCUAGAAACCCGAAAUAAAGGUGGCCUAGAAAUUUUUAAAAAAAUUUUCAACAAAAUUAAAAAGGAUUUCAGUUUUUAUGUUUUUUUCACAGAAAUCCACGUUGCAAAAUUAGUUUUCAUAAUUUUUUGACAAAAAGAAUUUUCGAAACAUCAAAAAAAAGCCACGUGGCAGGAUUUUCCAAAAUUCAAAUUCAAAAAAAAGGCCCCAAAAUCCACGUGGCAAAAUUUAAUUUUUCAAAAGAAAAAUUUGAAUUUUCAGAAAAAAUUUCAAUUUCAGGUUUUGGUGCUCAAAAAUCCACGUGGAAAAAUUGCAUUUAAAAAUUUUUGAAAUUAAAUUUUUUAGGCAAAAAGAGUUUUCCAAAAUUCAAAAAAUCCACGUGGCAAAAACAAAAUCACUAUUUUCCAGACGAUCGUUCUCCACCUGCUUCCCCUCGCCAUACCUUCUCCAAAAUGUUCGGAUGCGACACGCGACACCGGCACAAAAGCGACAGACAUCGCGCGACUUCUCAUGCAAAACUAUUCGCGAAACGCAUUGCCCGAACCGGCUCCAGUUCAAGUCGAAGUUGAGAUCACAAUUCAGGACAUUUCGGAUAUUUCUGCGAUUACCGGAACUUUUACAAUCGAUUAUUGGAUUAGUGCGAUUUGGAAUGAUAGAAGAUUGAGUUUUGAGAAUUUGGACCCGUGUAGAACGAAUCUGAGUCUAGAUCAUGAUAUGGAGCCGAAACUUUGGAGUCCGAAUGUUUGUAUUGUGAAUUCGAAGAGCACAAAGGUUCAUGAUUCGCCGAAACCUAAUAUUUUACUCAUGAUUUUUCCAAAUGGCACAAUUUGGUUGAAUUAUCGGAUUAGAUCGGAAGGUGGGUGUGAAAGUUUCAAAAAAAAAAGUUCCGCGGGCAGUGGGAUUCGAACCCUGGUUUCAUGCCCGCCAGUCAAAAAUGCUAUCCAGUCGGCCACAUCGAUGUGAUAUCUCUCUUUUCUCCCGAGGGGAAAAUUUUGGUGAAAAGGAAAUUGUUUUUUUUCAAGUGAUUGCGGUUUUUUCUUGAAGUUAGGAUAACUAAUGAAGCUGAAAAUUUGUAAAUUAAAGCAAAAAUCGUCAUUUUUCAGAAAUUCUCUAAAUUUUUGGCUGAAAAUUUUGGAAAAAUGAGCAUUUUCAGCUCAAAUUUCAUAACAAUCCGAAAAUUUUAGAGUUUUUUGAACUACAGUAACCCACCCAAACUGCAAAAAAGUUGGUUCAUUGCCACGUGUCACUACAGUAAGCCGAACUGCAAAAAUCAUCUUUUUUUGCAGUUCGGGUUACUGUAAUCUCUGAAAAUUUUCAAAAUUCUGGAUUUUUCAGCUACAGUAAUCCGAAUUGCAAACAAAAUGAUGGAAUUUUGAUUUUUGAAGUUCGGGUUACUGUAGGAAGCCUAGAAAAGGCCCUUAAAAGCUUAUAAAAACCUUUAAAGGCCUAGAGGAAGCCUUAAAAGUCUAGAGUAAGCCCUUAGAGCUCACAAGAAGCUUCUAAUGCUUAGAAGAAGCCUUAAAGGCCUAGAAAAAGCCUCUGAAGCCUAGAAAAAGCCCUAAAAGCCUAGAAUUCCAGCCCCAUGUCAAAUGAAUCUCCGAAACUUCCCGCUCGACUCAAUCCGAUGUUCACUGGUCUUCGAAUCCUAUUCCUACAACGCGGCCGAUGUUGCACUUCAAUGGCUCGAAUGGAGUCCAGUGAGCACAAGUCGACCCGACUACAAUUUGCCCGAUUUUCGAAUGACUAACAUCACUUAUGGCAAUUUUACAGAGGUAUACUGUACUUACUUAGCUACAGUACUCCAGAAUUGCUUACUGUAGAUGUAUUUCAGGUUUAUACAGCUGGGAUUUGGCAUCGACUAUCGGUUUCGAUACAUUUUGAGAGGCUUUAUGGCUUUUAUAUUUUGCAGGUGAGCAAAAAAAAAACUGUGCGAGCCUUGCAGAAAUGGGCGUGGCUUGAAAUUUGCAGCAUUUUGAUAUCAAAUAUGCCUGGGGGAGAAAACUGUGCCAGAGUUGCAGAAGUGGGCGGAGCUAGAAACAUUUUCUGCAUUUUGUUUGAUAUCAAAAUGUGUUAAAUUUUAAGCCCCGCCCCUUUCUGCAAACCUGGCACAGCUUUCUCCAGUAUAUUUAACAUAGAAAUGUAUUAAAUUUGAAGCUCCGCCCAUUUCUGCAAGUCUCGCACACUUCCCUCUGCAUAAUUAGUAUCAAAAUGCUCCAAAUUUCAAGCUCCACCCAUUUUCAGAUGUAUCUACCCACCUACAUUUCCGUAUUCAUCUCCUGGAUCGCAUUUUGGAUGGACACUCGCGCACUUCCAGCUCGAAUCACACUUUCAGUCUCCUCUCUAAUGGCUCUAACUUUUCAAUUCGGAAAUAUUGUCAAAAGUUUACCCAAAGCUUCUUAUGUCAAAGCGAUCGAUAUUUGGAUGUUUAGUUGUGUUGGGUGAGUUGCUUGCGACUUUGUCGCGCGAAAAAAAUCGCAAUCGCCACAUUUUCCUUCCAGCUUCAUCUUCUUCUCAUUGAUCGAACUCGCCAUCGUCGCCUACAACGACAAAAUUCACGAUCAACAUUUGCGAGAGUCGCGCGUCUCCAUGUCGCACACACUUCAACAACAACAAAAUGGCGGAGUCGCGAAUCGCGAAUCGCAGCCGUCGCGUCGCAGUUUCAUGGAGAUAAGUGCGCGACGUGCAAGAGGAAGCGAAUUGGGCGCGAAAAUCGAUCGGGUUGCGAGUAUACUGUUUCCCACGAUGUUCGCCAUGUUCAAUUUGGUAUACUGGUGGUAUUAUUUGACGACAAGUAUGCAUCCGAUUUAUGACUGA